UAUGUCAGAUGGCGCGUAACUUGUCCGUUCAUGUCGAAAACCUCCAGUUUGUCUUCUUUGAUUUCUUUAUAUCACUUGUGUGUCAAUAAUAUGGCUGAGUGACACAAAACAGCAUUUGUCUUUUAUUAUUAAAAAAGAAACCCCAAACUGGUCGAAGAUCUGCCAAUGUCUGGGACAUCCCUCAGCUGCCAUGUUCCCGUCAGUACAGCUCUUCCACCCCAAGUUGAGGGCCAUCUCCGAUGUUUCCUUUGUUUGUGCAUCCCCAGGAUUGAAUGGUCGGUGCCAGAUCACCCUGCCAGGACCCUCGUCCACCUCACCUGGUGGGGGGAGAUUGGUUCUGGCACAAAUUUCAGGCCCUUAGAUGUAUCUAACCCCGUCAAGACCAGACUGAAAACCACAGCGAGGUACCCAAUACGGUCAGGACCAAAGCAGUUUGCAUCAUAUUUAAAUGAUAUGAAUCUUUUAUUGCUGGACAUUGUGGAUGAAGAUAAUUCGGAAGUGGUCGGCUAUUCCGAGGUGACCAACAUCACCUCACUUACAGUGUCAAACACUCUUGAGAAUGUUUAUCCUGUUUUAUCAUUGAAGGAUGUUAAAAUAGCUGAACUACAUGUUUCUAUUGAACUGCAGCCACUGAUGGAGUCUUACGACAGCACUGGGUUUGUACCAACACCAGACAUUGUCGAUCCUCAACCUGCAGGACCUGUGGCACUGACCAACAUCACAUAUCCACCAUCACACCUGUUACCCUCAUCCGAACCAGAGAGUUCUUCAAUGUUCAGCAUCAACAGGAAGUACCCUCCAACAUCUCAAGUAACAGCUGGCCUUGACCUACAGCCCAGGGGCAUUGAUGCUGCCCCUAGAUCCCAGUACCAAGAAUGCGGUACCACCGUUUCCAUUACCACUGCUGGCGAUGUUGUACACACCCAAAACUUCCCGAUUCUGAAGACAAAAUCCACUUCAUCUCCCCACCUGGCACAACAGCCUGGGACAUCAAUCCUGGAAGACCAUCUUGCUGCAGACCCCGGUUACCCAGACAUAAUUUCCAUCUUGCUGGAUAAAGGGCAGAAGCUUCGUAAGACCAUGAUCCGGUCGUUGGCUCAUGAGCCCUCGAGAAACCAGAGACGACAAGUCCUCAACAGCAAAUUGAACCUCUCGAGAAGCAGUUCCUGUGGUAGUCUGUUCCAGGAGAUUCUUGCAGAACAGAACUUCAACAGUGAUCCAGAGAACUCCGAAGAGAGGAUUAUGGACCUGGUGCUUGGACCUGACCAUGGUGCCAUUGUAAUGUCCAACUUGUCCCUAUCCAGCCAGUCCAGUUUGGAGGUAGACAACAGCGACAUAUCAGACCCUGUUCACCAAGAGGAACUUCUGCAAGAACUUCUUUACACAAAUGCGUGUGAUCCGGAAUUUCUAUGUGUGAACCAGCAUCCCCCAAACCUUGACCCACAACAGAAUAAGCAUGCAUUGACCCCUGCCCCAGAAGAAGCAUCGGGCAGUGUUAGACCAACGACGACCCCCACUGGUAAGUCUCCUGCAGACGUGAGCUUGAGGUCAAAACCGCCUUUGAACCCCUCCAAACCAUUGCCGACGACAUCAACAACAACAACAGCAGCAGCAGCAGCUUCCAAAUCAGGUCAAACGACAACUAAAAAGCCCUCGUUAGUGGCCAGAGCAAGGAGCCCUAUGAAAUCAAGCGGGAGUGGGAGAAAAUCAGGCACGAGUAGGAGUAAAAGUGGGAGUAGAAGUAGGAGCAGGAGUAGGAGCAGAAACAAGGGUCGUGAGCCAACCCGUGGCAAAACCGGAAGUGACCUUAGUGACACCGACUCGGUUGGCACGAACCAUUCAGAUUCUUCCAAAGUUUCCUUUGAAAUGGUAUCAUCCAGUGGCCAGAGCAUUGAGACAGAAGCUGAUAUGCAUCCAUCCCCCGACUCACUGAGCAUAGCAAGGUUAAAAUUGCUUGGUCGUGCUACUGUUGGGAAAGUGUCAGUGGAUGCUCUAUAUCUGUUACCCGACGAGGGCCAAACUGAGAAGAACAUGUCGAGGAAGUUACGCCAAAAGAAGGUGACCUGGAUGAAAUCUGGAUCCUACUUUGUGGAGUACAAGUUUCCAGUGGUGGCCGCUUCUAGGGACAAACACUCUGACAAUACCAUGGCAACAGAGGUCAUCCGAGCACCAUCAAAGGAAAUUGAAGAAAACACCAUACUCUUCCACCACAGAUCUGUGUUUCCUGUUCUCUUCGACCGAAAAUCCAUCGAGUGUUGGUGGAGGUCUUACUUGACCUUCAAACUCUUCUUCAGAGAUGCUCAGCAAAGAACGCCGACCCUUGUUGGUAGCUGCCAGUUAUCCCUGAAGUCCGUCCUGAAGGCCAGCAGUCUCUGUCUCAAUAAGUACCUCGCUGUAUGCAAACCAGGGACCUCUUUGAAAGCUUCGAGACGACAAAGCACAUCAUCAAAGAAACUGCCUACCAUUGGGGAGCUGAAGGUGACUGACAUUUCCUGUGACACGGAUAUUCUGGCCGAGAGGAGAGAAGCCGGUUUGAAACCUGACUGUCAUCUAGAAACUGUUGCAGCGCCACACGAACGCCAGUUUCCUCAGUACAUAUCUAGCACCAAUGAUGCUCCGCUGCUGGCCACCACUACUGCUACCACUACUGUCCAGGCAAACUCAUCUCCAACAUCACAGCAUUAUCCAGAUGUACAAGACCAGACAUUAGCUGUCCAUUCCAUUCUUAUUGUGAGUGAAGGUCGCAAGAUGACCUUUGACACAACCUCUACCAAAAUUAACCCCAUUGCUGCUGCAGCUGUUAGUCAAGGCGGAGGAGGUGACGGACGAGGUUCAAAUCUUCCUCGUGCCACUAGAAACAGCUACUUGGUAUGCCGCAUGUUUUGGUGUGAGCAGCAGGUCAGAUCCAGUAUAUGCUGGCGCACAAACAAUCCUCAAUAUGAUUUCAUUCAGGUUUCACCAGUUUUUGUCACAGCCAACUUUUUGGAGAGAAUUCGCAACAAUUACCUAAUUAUAGAGGUCUGGGAUAAAACAACAACAUCACUGGAAGUGUCUGAUGACAAGUUAAUUGGUGUGGUAAAGCUGAGCCUCCAUCAAUUCUACCUCUCGCUUCGUAACCAAAGAAUCGUGACGACAUUGCUGAAGUCUCCAUACCCUAUUGUAGCCCAUGAUGGCUAUAUGCCUAUUGUGGACCCACUCACCAACUACCAACAUGGACAGCUGAAGGUAUUAUUGGCGAUGGGAUCUAUAGAGCAGGUGUCCACGCUACAGCAAGUCACAAUUGAAAGACGAUCGUCCCUCUUGCGCCAACAAUUCCCCAAUCUUCACCAAUCUCUGAUAAACACCAGCUCCUCAACAACCACCGAUGAAGGUAUUUGUAAAGACUAUAUUGAACAUGUAUUUGAAGUGGUUGUGGAAGACAUUAAUAACCUUCAACAUUUAGAAGAAAUGGUCUAUGGAGAAGCAGAUUGCUUUGUGCAGUACAGUUUCCCAACUCAGUCAACCACUCAAGCACCACUGGAAACUGGAUCUAUUACUGACAUUUCCAUGAAGACAUCUCGUACAGGUGUCACCCUCUGUCUACCUGAUCCAGUAUUCCAUGCUAUAACUCAACACAAAAUGGUGCUGCCUCCUAAUACACCUCUGCAAGCAAAGUUGCUGAUUGCUUGUGUUGACUCCGAGGGCCAAGUGAACGACAUCCUGUUCCAGGUCUGCUGCCGUUUCUAUCAUCCCGUUAUCGGAGACCAAGUCAUUGCCAAGGCAAUGUUGCCCCUAGUGAAGCUGUGUGCAAUGAUUUCAAUGUACAAGCAAGAACCUUUGACGCAGAAAUUCAAACUCCCCCUCACCAUGGUAACGACUGAUACACAAACGAGUACCUGUGAAUCGGUAACCGCUGGAGACCUGAACGUUGUUAUCAGGUAUAAAACCCAUGUGAAACAGUUGACCAAUCAACCACCAAUCACCACUACCUCUGAAUCCCCUUUUACUUACAUCUGUGUUGGUAUCCUUCGCACGUGUGGGCUUCAGUCCGCUGCAGAGAUGUGUGCCCUGCAGAACCCCGAUAUGCUGCACCCUGCCAAGGUAGGGGUCAACCUCUACCUAAAGGCUAGAUUCUCUUUUAUCGACCAGCGCAAUUUCACAACUAGGACAAUGGCAAAGUGUUUCCAUGCUAACAUUGGACAGUAUUUUGACUUCUACUGCCCCCUGGUGGCAACCAACAAUGGUAUGGCCUCUUGUUUAGCUGAGCAAUUGGAGACUGCAGGACUUCACCUGGAACUCUGGCACCAGAAUAUAUCAGAACCUGGCAUCUCCUGCACCAACCAUCAAGAUGUCUUACUGGGAAAUACCUUUGUACCACUUGCUGAAUUGCUCACCAGCACCACCGGUAUCAACGGCUGGUUCCCUGUCAACAAGCCAGUCGUGGAGGACACUUCACGCCUGAUCACAGUCCAGACAUCAUCAGCAGGUCAGCUGGAGCGUGUCGUAGGUGGCGUUGAGGUGAGCAUCAAGUUCUCUCAGGCCAACGACCUCGAUCGUGUCAUCCGGAUUGCUGAGAUGCACAACUGGACUUUGCCGGACAGAUAUGCCCUCAACGGCAAUUUUGCUGACCUUACAAAUGGCAGAGAUCUCCAGGUGACCAUCAAUGCUGAUGACAUGAGGCUGGCUGUUCCCAACUGUCUCUUCCCUGGACAAACGACCAUCAACAGAGAGAGCUUCACGUAUUUGAAAUACACUUUCUACGAUAAAGGUCCCUUCACAUCUGAUGCAAUCCCCAUCAAAGCUUACGGAGAAGAUUUUGUCUCAAUGAAAGCCGGGCAUCAGAACAGUUUCCUUGUUGAUUUAUCAUCACCAUUACUAUGGUUUUUAAAAGAAGAAAAGCUUGAAAUCAAAGUCUGGUUUUCUGUUGGGGCCAGUACCAUUCCCAGGAUUGACAUCGGUGACGGGGACAGUUUAGACAAGACUAUCAGGAGCCGAAGGAAACCGAAGGAUAAAUUGAUUGGCUCUGUCUGGGUCCCUCUGCGGGAGCUGUGCUGUGGACCGAAGAAGAACGUUUAUCGAAUCAGCGGUCUUUAUCCCAUCUUCAAUGCCCGAGCUGCCAAUUUACAUGGUAUGUUUCUCCGAUGUCACAUCACACUCCAAUUACAGAAGGACUUGCUGCCCGGCACAAAACGCCACUUAGCGAAAAAGGCAUCUACCAUCAUGGCUGUUGACUCCAAGAGUGACUCUGAUGACUCAGACUGGAAUGACAUUCCUACAGAGAAAACCAGCACUGAUCGCCAUUGUGGCCACCCCCGCAAAAACCACCAGAAUUUCCUAGAAGUCUUUGAGGUCCACAUAUCAGUUGAGAAGGCCAUGCAUUUGAAACAUGUAACCAACAAAAGCAGUGGCAAGAUCUGUAAGCCCAACACAUACGUCUCCUUUCAAAGUGGCUACAAAAAUCGGACAGUGUCCACCUCUGUUGUCCACAAUGCUGACUGUCCAGUGUGGGACUUUGAUGUCGACACCCUGCUCACCUCUCGCCUGCUCUAUGAAGAGAACAAGAACUUGGUCUUCAAAGUUUGGCAUAAACCAGAGAACUCUUCCAAAGAUAUCAGUAAAUCGUGUGACCAGGUCAUUGGGUACAUAUCUGUCGACCUUGUGCCACUUGUCUCCGGGUUACACCAGCUCUGUGGCUGGUACAACAUCAUGGAUUUUGGUGGUCAGUGUCGAGGACAGGUAAAGUUAAGUGUGACACCCAUGGAAUCAAUGGACCAUUACUGGCGCCGCCUCACCACUCACCUGGCACAGCAAGCAGGGAAGCAAGUGUCCGCAAAAUGUCCAUCCAUGACCGCCACCACCAGCAACACCAAGUUACCCCACUUUGAAGAACACUAUGAGAACGUGAAGCGACACCACGAAAUGUUGAAGCAGCAGAGCCAAAUGUCUGCCAGGAACACCCUGGCAUUAGAACUUCCAACCUUCCAGUUUACUGCCUCGGCCCAAGGGGACCUCAAAGUGAAGCUCAGGGAGCAGAUGAUGGAGCUUGACCAGAUGAACCACGCCCUCCUGUCUAAACUCAGUCCAAACAUUUCUGCUGCUGGUGCUGCUCGAUACAAAACUGUGGUGCCACCUCCACCACCAACAUUAACAUCAACAACAACAGUGUGAACACAGUCGUGUCGUCCGGUGUGGCCUCGCUACCCGGUUCCCUACCCGUUCCCGUGGAAAACCACAAGCUGACCGCUAACCCUGCUCUGAUGGCCACAAAUGGUUUCCAGGCCCCUCGGCCUCCGGACACACCGAAUA